AUUCAUAUAAAUUGUUACUACAACCAGCUAUAUAUCACAACUCUCAAUACAACCAUACAACUAAUUAAUUAAUCUGCUUCCAUCACUGACCAUUUUUACUCUUUUGAGAGCCAACGCCUAUAGUACUUGCCAUGGAAACAAUCCGAAAUUAUCUAUUAUCUCCUCUUACACGACCUAACAAUCUUCUAUCCCCUUGGAGUAUUGUCCCUCCCUCACCUCCCAACAAACCACAUUGCCGCCCCAUCCUAAAAUCGCCCCCGCCGCCCCCGCCUCAUCGUGUCUCUCCUCCACCACCAUCAUCGCCACCGCCACCUCAUCGAGCUCCUCCUCUACCACCGCCACCACCACCAUCCCCGCCACCACCUCGUAGAGCUCCACCACCACCAUCCCCGCCGCCACCUCGUAGAGCUCCACCACCGCCAUCGCCACCACCCCCCUCGUCAAACUCCACCACCACCAUCGCCACCGCCACCUCGUAGAGCCCCACCACCACCAUCGCUACCGCCACCAUCCCCACCGCCACCUCGUAGAGCCCCACCACCACCAUCGCUACCGCCACCAUCCCCACCGCCACCUCGUAGAGCUCCACCACCACCAUCCCCACCGCCACCUCGUAGAGCCCCCCCCACCGCCACCGCCACCUCGUAGAAGUCCGCCACCACCAUCCCCACCGCCACCUCGUAGAGCUCCGCCACCACCAUCCCCACCGCCACCUCGUAGAGCUCCACCACCACCACCACGCGCUCCAACCCGUCCACCUCCACCGCACAUCCCAACCCCAACACCCUCACCACCUCAUAGAUUUUCUCCACCACCACCUCAUAUAGUUCCUCCACCCCCAACUCAGCCCUUUUCUCCACCACCACCGCCGCCUGCUCCCAAUACCAUCAUCAUCGUCUUUGCCUCACUCGGUGGACUGGUAUUUCUAGCAUUUCUCUGCGUGGCGAUUUGCUGGUUUCUUAAGAAGCGAAAGAAGAGAGUGAUUGAAGAAGAGGAUGGGGUGAGAAUAUAUGAACGUAUAAGAGUGCGAAAAGACAUUGUUGCAGGCCCAAAAGGAACAAAAGCAGGUGCCCUCUUAACCAUUGAUGAUGAGAUUGAUACUGAGGAAGAAAUGCGGAACACGAAAGUGGUAGGAUAUGGAGAAGGUUCAGGAGUCAGAUCAGUCGAAAACCAUCCUCAAGCAGCCACGGACAUGGUCUCCACCAUAUAUGAUGAUCAUCAUAAUAAAAGCCAUUAGCGAUGAUUUAUUAAUUAUUAUUCUCUGAUCUUUAAUAAACGUAAUGUUAUACAUAAAUAAUCCACUGCAAUCGAUUAUACGUAGUAUAAUUCUUGUUUGUGCAUGUAGCAACCUAAUUAGCAUCUUUGAAAUGAAUUGUGAUAUCUGAUUAUUUCUUUACUCUAAUGUAUUAAUAAAAAUACAUUUAGUACGUUUAAAUAAAUGUGAUAAGCAUGAAUAUAUAAUAAAUUAAAG